UCACGAGUUCGUAAUGGAUCGCAAGCUGAAGAACAGCGUCAACUGGCGCUGUGCCCGCUAUCGGAGUGCCAAAUGCAAGAGAUUAUACGUAAGAGAGGAAUCAUGAUUGUCAAGGGCACCAAAGGAAAGCCCAAACUGCUGAUGGGCGGAUACGAGUACUACCGGAACAACUCACGCGGAUCGAAAACCUAUUGGCUCUGUGCCCGAAAUCGUUAUCUGCGCUGUGCUGCUCGCAUCAUCACCUGCUCCACGACUGGAGAACUGGUCAUCAAGAACCAGCAGCACAAUCACGAUGCCCAUCAUCAGGAAAAAAAUGAUAGGAAAAAGGAGCCGGCAGAGCCAGAGCAGGAGUCUCCCAGCUCCAAGUAGCACAGGCUCUACGUACCACUAGUUUAUUAAUUUAUAUCUUAUGCCAUUAGUGAUUUCAUUCCAUUUUCUGAUUCUAAUCUUCCUUUCUCAUCUGUAAUUCGAUGUACCUAUAUGUAUGUAUAUUUAUGUCCAGUUCGAGACAUAUCUAAAACAAAGGAAACAAUUUGGAUUUUGUAAUAAGAAUCCUUUUUCAAUGUAGCGCAUAAAAUGUCUCUAUAGGAGUUAUUUUUAUGGAAAUACAUACAUAUCUAUAAA